CACCCCCCCCCUUCCUUCAGAGAUGGUUUGCUCCAAGGAGCCUCUGGACGGGGCGUCAUCCCCGCCUUCGCUCGUGAUGGGAAGUGAGAAGGCGAAGAGAUCUGAGGGGGAAACGGGCGGCUGAACGACGGUGGUAUUAAAACAAAAGAUUUGUAGCUGCAAUAAUGGCCGCUUAUCCAAAAAGCUACAAUCCUUUUGAUGAUGACGAAGACGACAGUUUGAAGCCAGUGAAGUGGAAUGCCAGAAAUGACGAUGACCCUGCUGAAAGAGAGUGCAGGGAACCUGCUGAUAAACAGAGGUAUCUGCAGCAAGAAGUUCUGAGGCGAUCCCAGGCCACUGUGGAUAGCACUCAUAGGUCACUCUCCCUUAUUUAUGAAUCGGAACAUGUUGGAGUAGACAUGGCAGAGGAACUUACACGGCAGGGUGAGGCUUUGAAACGUAGCGAGCGAAUGGUGGACAAGAUGGAGCAGGAUUUAAAAACAAGCCAGAGACACAUCAACAGUAUUAAGAGUAUGUUUGGUGGCUUCGUAAAUUACUUUAAAGCCAAGCCACCGGAGACCAAGCCUGAGCAGAACGGAGCCUCUGAUUAUCAAGCAAGCAACAGAUUAAAAGAAGCCAUGGCAGUCAGUAAGGAACAAGAGUCAAAGUACCAGGAGAGUCAUCCAAACUUAAGGAAGCUGGAUAAUUCAGACGGCAGUUCCAUAGAAGCCAGUUCAAAUUCUUCAGUCCCAGCAGAUAAUUAUCCCAAAAAUCAAUAUCUGCGAUCAUACCAUCAGAAAGUUGACAGCAAUUUAGAUGAAAUGUCCUCUGGGCUGGGCCGUCUGAAGAACCUAGCGCUUGGCUUGCAGUCCGAAAUCGAGGACCAGGACGAGAUCCUAGACCGCCUCACCACGAAAGUUGAUCAUCUAGACGUCAAUAUUAAAACCACGGACAAAAAAGUCAGACAGCUUUAAAGAGUGUUGGUCUCUGAUUCCUGUAUGAGGCUCGCUGGAUCUUUAUAUCGACAGACAUUGUCCUACUGUUUGAGAAAAUGUCCGUUUUUAAUGCUGGUAAUAUGACUGGGUAUGCCUUGUGAUUAAAAUUAUAUCACCGAAAGUGCAAUAUAAGAGAUUUAAACCGCCUUCUUUGAUGUACCCAUGGAGUGGAAAACCAGUAAACUAACACAUGCAUCUGAUGUGCCGCUUGCCUUCCCCUCUCUGAUCAUUAAUUUCAUUUUGCCAGCUUUCAGUAGCAUAGGAGUGCAUUUAUGGCCUCUUUCAAACAAGCGUUGCUGAUGUUUCAUUGUUCUUAUGAAAUGUAGAUUUAUUAUUCAUCUGUAUUUCAACAUUUGGGCACACCCGAGAGAUGUUGAAAUAACUUUCCUUGCAUAGUGCGAACUGUGCCCACAGAAGCAGAGCCACAACAAUUAGUGGAUUUUAUCGGCACGUUAUCUCUCCAUGUAUUUGAUGGUUGCCUCUGUGAUCAAGCUGAAAUUGGAAAAUGAGAUUUAGAUCAAAAGGCAUUAGUGUAUUUUUAAUCUUGUAAUAUUUUAAAGUAGAUCUCCCCCAUCCACUCCUGGGGGAAUGACAGUUCCAUCAAAUUAGGUCCACCUGUCCAGUCAAUAUGUGCCCUUUGUUCAUCCAACAAGGCUCUAUAGUUUUGUGAUAAGAGUAUGUUUCAAAAGCACUAGUUAACAUGGAAUUUAAGGUUGUCCUGGGCAUGGAUCCUUGCUGGUUAACUGUAGUCACUUCCUGGAUGACUCCCUAUCCCAUUAGUUCCAGGAAGUAUUUCCCAGCAACUGCUUUGUAAGCACAUGUUGCAAUAAACCAUGUCUUUCUCCCUCCCUUCCACUUGUUCUACAUAAUGGCCUCAGUGUUACAUAAUGGGAAAGCACAGCAUUUAAACCAUCCAUGUUUAAUGGGAACACAUGCACAGCAGCAUAUACCAUCUCUCGAGUUCCUGUGGUGGACCAUAGUAUAGUAAACUCUGGUAAUUGCAAUAAUUAAUAUAAUUGUUGCUGUCACAAAAGUCACCAGUUAUCCGCUGGGCAUCUCGAAGGCUCAAUUAAAAGAGUAUACUGCUAAGAACUUUUACAUUGACCUCUGUCUUAACCCUCUAUUAGUUCCUUGGAAACUUGGCAGAAGUCUCAGGGCUACAGUAUCAAGACAUCAGUUCCUCCUUCCAGUUACCAUAGUUACUUCCUUUGUCUACCUCUCUUGUCAUGGUCAAGGUUAAAUUUCAGUGACUAGUCUCUGUAAGUUCUCUUAGCGAUCUUAGGACAUAUGUGUUGUUUAUCAAUUAGUUAUACUUGGGAAGGACAAGGGGAGGAGGGAAUCUUUCAACAUACAUUAGUUUAUUUGAUUUUUCUUUCUUGCCAUAGGAAUGUAGAUGGUUAGACUGGCAAUUGCUGUAGCUUCUGAUUUUUAAAAUAAUGUUGAGGGGAAGUAAUAGCAAAGGAAACCUGCCUUCUCCCCCUCCCGCACCCCCACAUGCCAAUUACAUUUGGUUUCUUUUGCCAACAGGCGGGCUGAGAAAUCUGCAGUUUGGAUGCUCUUUGCAUCAUAGUGGCAGCUAUACUAUAGAAAGCCUUUCUUCCCUUUUGGAAUGUUCUGUGCUUAACACAUACUGCAAGUCCCUUAGCUUUGUCCCGUUUUCCAUAUUUUGACAUCGGAAAGAAAAUCCCCCCUGCUAAUUGGUCUUUCAUGUUCUCUCGGCUUUCUCUGGGGUUGCUGCCCACUUUAGGGUUGUCUUACAGGGAGAGAGCAAAACUCUGCUUAGGCAAAUGAAGCCCCUGCCUAUAUAUAUAUAUAUUACUUUUAGUGACUACAGUUUCUUCAUCUGCUGCUGUAGAAGGCAAUGUAAUGUGGCUAGAAGAAGAAACAAAGCUGUUUUGCAAUACUGACUCAACUGUACAGCAAACUUUGUAAAAAACUCUUGUGAAAACCAGGAUGUUGUCUAUUUCCCUUCUUAAGGGUCAUUUCAGAUACUACUGGAGGCUUAGUUUUUGAACAACUUAAUGUUUUGAACAAUUUUUCUUUCAAGUAGCAAGUUGAUAGGUGUAUUUGGAAAGCAUUUUAUAUUCAGCUUCUGAUUCAUUUCUUAGGUUAGAGCAAAGAUUGGUUAAAAGAUGCUCAUGAGCCAUGUCUGGUUUUUUUUCUGAAUAAAAUACAUCAUAGCUCCAGAUUCAGAGAACAGUGAGAAGUGUAGAAGCCUAUAGCCUGAGUGGGGGGAAAGAGUUCUAAUAUAUCUGUGUGGAGUACAUAGCCUUUAUUGUAAUUCUCAUUGAUGCGGUAAACUUGUGUUUGGACUGUAUCACGUCAUUUGAGGAUUAUAUGACUGAAUGUUCCUCCGUAAUAGAGGAAAGAAAAUCUCUGAAUAGAAAACUACCAUGUCAAGGAUACGAUUGUACUAGUUUGCUACUUGGAGGAACUUUUUAAUUAAG